AAAGGAAAUUCGUCUUGCGUUUGUGACGAUGAUUACAGAGGAGAUGCGACGACAUCUGCAAAGCUGGUCAAGCAAUCCCGCAUCCCUGCAGCGACAUCAAUGAAUCUCCCCGGAAUUGGUUGAUGAUAACAUCCAAAUGGGAUGUCGCUUGAGAGCAGCUGUCACAUAUUUGGUUUGAAGAGUAUUCCAAAAUCAGAUACUGGCCGACACCAGGGAGCCUUUCCACUGGAGCGAUUUGGUAUCAGGGUUGUAGUGUACAUUCUGCUGACCGGAUAAAUUUUGGGAAUGGACAGAAUCCAGGACGCAGUAGAGCGGGUGGUUGCUUCAAACGAGUGGUUGGCGAAAGUGCUAAUCCGGGUGGGCAAACCGUCGGUCGCAAUCGGAAAGGGCAGAGAGACAAGAGCCGACUUUCUAGAGAGCACGCCGGUGUGUCACUGAAGAGCCUGCUGCGUCGUAUCCUUGACCUUUGAGGCUAGUUGUAAGUGCUGUUGUCAACGGUGACAAGAAAGACAUGGCCUUUUGUCGGGUUGGCGAUCGGCAAAUCGUAUCUCCGGCGCUCCAGUUGAUGUUGAGGUGGCCAAAUCGCGUCAUGGCGUGUCAGAAGGAGAGGACAAUCACACUCAAGAUGACUUCGGGUGUAGCAUCCGGUUGCUUUUGAUGGUGUUGACCUGAAGUGUGUCGCAAUGCUCUACAAAACCAAACAUUUUAUUUUGAUUCCGCAGAUAUGAAGAUGCGACAAUGGAAGUGGAAUCUUUUGCCUUUGGCUCUCCUGUUUCUAUUCCAGUUGUUGGUCGCUGGAGCUCAUGUCACGACAGGGAACAAUGUUACGCCGCCCACGGCGACCCAGCCAGCUGAGAGUGGUGUAAUCGCUGAGCAGAAUGGAUUGGGGCUAAAAUUUACCCACGGCAGGCAUGAAGAUUCUUCUAGCCAACCAGCCGUUGACGCCGCCAUCAACCUCCUCCAGCGCUUGAAGAUCCCAACGAGGAAAUACGAUCAACCUUCAGGAUUCCUCUGGUAUGCCCGCCAUUAUGCCCGGGAAGCCUUCUAUCUAUUAUUUAUGAACGGGCCACCACUAGACAACCAGACUCAAAAACAGCCGCGGAAGAUGAGCUCGCAGCUCAAGGAUGCCGUUAGUCUACUGGAGAGUGCCGCCAAGGACGAUAAUUCAGACGCGAUAUAUCUCCUGGCAGAGAUGAAUUUUUAUGGCAAUUAUACACAUCCACGGAAUUACUCAAGGGCCUUUCAACACUACGAAAAGCUGGCUAAAUUGACGGGAAACAGUACCGCACAAUACAUGCUAGGCUUCAUGUAUGCCACCGGUAUUGGUGAUGCAGUUGAAAGACACCAGGGCAUGGCGUUGUUAUACCACACAUUUGCUGCAAUGGGAGGAAACACCAAGUCGCAGAUGACGUUGGCAUUCAGAAGAUAUUCUGGUAUCGGCACACCGAGAAACUGCGAUGAAGCUGCGUUCUACUACAAGCAGGUAGCGGACAAGGCAAUUGCUUACUACAGGUCUGGCCCUCCAGGCGGUCGGACUUUGUCAAAAGACUCCUACCGUUGGGCUGACGCCGAAGGAGGCGUAUAUGGUGAAGGAGCAAGCGUGUCCAGUUCGGGAGUGAAUGCGCAUAAAGAUGGUGUACAUUCAGGUUCCGAUGCCAACCUGGACGAUGUACUUGAAUACCUUGACCUCCUCGCUAAGAAGGGAGAUUUGAAAGCGACAUUCAACUUGGGUAAGCUUUAUUAUGAUGGGUCUCGACACUUGCCGAGGAGCUUGAGGAAAUCGAUGAUGUACUUCGGGAUCGUUGCACGGAGAUACUGGAUGAAGGAUGGAAAACUCAAUCCGAACCGUCCAGUGGGCCUCGAGAAGAUCGCUUCCAAGUCUGCAGCCCAUAUAGGCCUCAUGUUCCUCCGGGGUGAAGGCACAGAACAGAAUUUCGAGAAGGCGUUCACAUGGUUCAAACGUGGGACGGCAAAUGGAGAUUCAAUGUGCCAGCACUAUAUGGGGCUAAUGUACCUACAUGGCUACGGCAUCCCACAAGAUGCGCUGAAAGCAGCAUCGUACUUUAAAGCAGCCUCUGAAUCAGAUUAUCCAUAUGCAGAAAUUAGAUUAGGAGCCCUCUUCCUUGAUCAAGGAGAUGUUCCGACAGCGACGAGGUAUUUCGAGCUGGCUGCAAGGUACGGUGCAACAGAGGCGUUUUAUUUCCUCGCUGAAAUAGCCGAGCGUGGAAUUGGAAAGGAACGUCACUGUGGCAUGGCUACAGGUUAUUAUAAAAUGGUCGCGGAGAGAGUGGAAGAGAUACACUCCUCCUUUGCCGAGGCCAAUGAAGCCUAUAAGAGUGGAGAUAAAGAGACAGCUCUGGUUUUAUCAAUGAUGGCAGCAGAACAGGGCUACGAAAUCGCACAAGCGAACGUAGCCUGGCUUCUCGAUGAGCGACGAUCCGUACUAUCUCUCGAUCCUAUCCUUCCAUGGUCGACAGACCGACGCCCCUCUAUCCUUCGGAACGCUGCUCUGGCAUUGAUUUACUGGACUCGGUCUGCGAAGCAGGCCAACAUUGAUUCGCUCGUUAAAAUGGGUGACUAUUAUUUCUAUGGCAAUGGUGCCCCGCAGGACUUCCGGAAAGCCUCCAGCUGUUAUCAUAGCGCAGCGGAGGGACAUCAUAGUGCCCAAGCUUUCUGGAAUCUUGGAUGGAUGCAUGAGCAUGGAAUUGCCGUCGAGCAAGACUUUCACAUGGCUAAACGAUAUUACGACCUGGCUCUGGAAACAAAUGACGAAGCCUACCUUCCGGUCAAGCUUAGCUUAAUACGGUUGCGCCUUAGAAGCUUUUGGAACAGGAUCACGAAUGGUAAAGUGAAUUCAAUUCAGGAAGAGCGAGACCAGAACUCCCCCAGAACGCUUAAAGAGUGGAUCAGGGCCUUCGUUUCGUAUGAUGAAGAAAGGGAAGCUGUCCAAAAAGAGAAAAGUAGGCAGGCUGCCGCGGGCGAACAAGGUGAGGAUGCUCUCGAAGAUACAGCGGAUUCUCGUGGCACCUCGGGAGACAGGGAGAGCUAUUACGAUGAGCUUGACCUCGAUAUCGAAGAUGGCAUGCUUGAAAGUCUGGUGAUUCUCGGUCUUGCCGCGACGUUAGUGGUCCUUUUACACUUCCGGCAGCAAAGAGCUAUGCGACGAGCCAAUAAUCCAGCCCAUGGUAACAAUAACAACAAUCCGAGCGACACCACCGGCCAGGCAGCUGCCGGCGGUGCCCCCGAAACCCAACAGCAAGGCCGACAAGGUGGAGAUGAAGAUCGAGGGCUCUUCCCAGCUCCUGAUGAUCCGGAAUACCCGGCUUGGAUAGCUGGGGCAAUAGGGCGUUGAUUGUUCCUUGUUGCGCUUUGUUCUCCUUUUCUCUUUUGUUUCAAUAUACUAAAUAGCAUCGCCCCGGAGUUUUGAAUACGAGAUUAUGAUAGCA